AUGGAAAAUGCGUCAUUUUUUAUUAACUCGACUUCAGUUAACCUUACUAUGAAGCCUACUGCUCCGACAGAGAACCGAACACUUGACUAUCCAGUUGUGAUCGUUUUGUGCAUCGUGCUGGGCCUUGGUAGUAUUUUCGGAACAAGUGGAAACACUUUAGUUGUCUCCUCCAUAAUCAAGUUCGAGAACUUGAGAGCUAUACCAGACUUGUUCAUUUUCAGCCUAUCAAUAUCAGACCUCCUCGUAUCGGCGUUGUAUCAACCUUUAAAAGCUUACAGGAUUGCAAAUUUGUCAGAUGACUCCACGGUUAUAAAGUUUGUGAUAUCUAUAAGCGCCUUUCUUGGAUAUGUCGCGCUGAUUGCUUCGAUAACAAACAUGCUAGGAGUAACCGUGGAACGCCUAAUGUCCAUUCGAUUUCCUCUGAAAUAUGGACUUCUGGUGACAAAAACACGUGCUGUGGUAACAUUGAUUUGUAUCUGGGUCUUUUCAAUAGCCUAUGGAGGAAUAUGGUCUGAAGACCUCGCUCCGGCAACUUACUCGUCAAGUUAUUUUGUGGCGGUUCUUCUUGGAACAAUUUUAAUAUAUGUUUACAUCUUUGUGGUUGCAAGCAGGCUGGAACGGUCGGUGGCUCACGUACAAAAUGCCUCUACUAGGGAACAAAGAACUGGCUUUCGCAGGGAGCGAAAAGCAGCAAAAACCAUCGCGGUCAUCUUAGGAGUAGCGAUUGUGUGUUGGUUUCCUCUCUUGGUGGUUCCUCGCGUCAUUGCCAGUUAUGUGCAUAAUACCACAUACUUCACCAUUUUUACGUUACUGCAAGUUUUGUCGGUUUGUAAUUCUUCCAUCAAUCCAUACAUAUACUGUGUGAGAAGCCGCAGGUAUUAUGAUGCGUUUGUCAAACUGCUUGGGCUGCACAAUCUUGUUAAGGUACAAGCCAUUGUUGCUCCUACUUGCACACCACCUGAUCAAGUGUCAAGAACCGAAUACUAG